AUGUCGCUUAUAAUGACCACUCAACCCCCUCUAGCUGGUCUAGACUCAGACCCUUCCAACCCACAACGCCCCAGCGGCGAUUCUUCCACGUCCAACCUCGAAAACUCACCCACCCUCACACCAUGUCCUCCUGCAUUUCCAGACGGAGGUCUGGAAGCCUGGCUGCAAGUUCUCGGCGGCUUUUGCAUCCUAUUCAACUCCUGGGGAGUCACCACCACCAUGGGAGUCUACCAGUCAUACUACAGAUCGUCCCUGUUGGCUGAUGUGCCUCAAUCGUCUACAGCCUGGAUCCAGUCAAUCCAAAUCGCAUGCAUCUUCUACGGAGGAACCCUCAGUGGCCGGUUCUUCGAUAAAGGAUAUCUCAACGUCCUGGUGGUAGGAGGCUCCAUUCUCACAUUCACAUGCUACAUGGUGCUGGCCGAAUGCACAGAGUACUGGCACGUUCUUCUGUGUCAGGGACUAGGUAUGGGCCUCGGUAUGGGAGCCACAUUUGCCCCCUCAAUGGCAUGCGUCUCGCAAUACUUCUCCAAGAAACGAGGCCUGGCUAUCGGCAUCUGUAGUGCUGGCGCAGGUGUGGCAGGUAUCGUGCUGCCCAUCAUGGCAAACAACUUGUUGCCUAGCGACAAGAUCGGCUUUGCAGCGACUACCAGAGCGCUGGCAGGCGUCUACGCGGGCAUGGCUAUCAUUGCUAUUUGUAUCCUGCGCUACAGGAAACAUCCUGCCCAAGAAAGCAAGCUUCUCCAAAUGUUUGACGUGGCUACAAAACUCCAGCGGCUCAUCAAUCGGUCACGCGAACCAAAGACGGAGCCCGUGUGUCCCAAUGAUCACGACCUCGAAAUUGGUGAGUCUUCUGAAACACCAGACUCGCCUGCUACCGAAAAAGCGGUAAUCAAUGUGGGUGCAGAAAAGAAGUCCUGUGACAGCAACGCUCCUCAUGUCAAGAAAGAGAGCAAGUUCACAAUUAUCGAUCUGGCUACGCUCAAAAACCCUGUCUACGUGCUUUUUGUUAUCGCCACUUCCCUUGCAUUCCUUGUUCUCUACAUCCCAUACUAUUACCUGCAGCAGUUUUCCAUUGACCAUGGAAUGAGUGAACAAGUCAUCAGAUACACAGUCACUGUUCUAUGUGCUGGUGCGACUAUUGGUCGAGUGGGACCUGCUGUAAUGGCUGACUAUCUCGGGAAAUUCAACAUUCUCGUCUUCGUCAGUAUGAUUAACGGAAUUCUGCUAUUUUGCUGGAUGCACCUUGACAAGCUUGCACUUCCAGGAGGUACUCAGAAACGGGACCAGUUCAGCUCCCACGAAAACAUCGACUCGCGUGACGCCCAGGUCAUUGUCUUUGCGUUCUUCUACGGCUUCUUUUCAGGGGCUCUGGGUACUUUCCCUCCCUUUGUUCUGCCCUCUCUAGCUCCUAGUAUGGACAAGGUGGGGGUUUGUCUAGGACAGGCCUUUUUGUGUCUUGGAACCGUGUCGUUGGUAGCAAAUCCCAUUGCAGGAUUUAUCAUUGGCAAAGAAGGACGGUACCAUGUGGUUGCUCCUUAUUGCGGAGCUGUAAUGAUGGCAGCUUGUCUAUUGUACGUCAUCACAAGAGUCAAUGUUGGAGGAUGGAAGUUUGGUAGGGUAUAG